UCGCCGCGCUGCGUGUGCGUGUGAACUGGGAAGCGAACCACCCCGCAACUGGCAACUGCGACCUGCAACCACCGCCGCUGUCCGCACUCACCCACAAAGGCAGCCGGCGCUGCCCGCCGCCCCUCCCCACUCUAGAACGGCCACCCCGUACCCAAACUCCAGCGCUCUCUCUCUCUCUCUCUCUCUCUCUCCCCGCCAUGGAUGAUGCUGCUGCUGCUACGGAUUAGCGCGGCGCUGUCUCCCGGCCCCGUUCGUACCCCAGGACGGGAGCUUUGUCCGCGGGCACCGAGUCACUCCGGGACAAGAUGAGGUUGGCUGUAUGGCAUUGGUUUUUUCUAUUCUUCGCCUUAGUUUCGUCAUCAUGGAGUUUGAAUUCGGAUGGCCUGGCUCUUCUCGCACUGUCCAAAAACCUCAUACUACCAAGUGACAUAACCUCCAGGUGGAAUGCUUCUAAUGCAACCCCUUGUAAAUGGUAUGGAGUUGGUUGCAAUAAAAGGAAUAGAGUGAUUUCCCUUGACCUAUCGUCAUCGGAAGUUUCAGGUUCGAUAGGAUCUGAAAUCGGGCUUCUAAAAUACCUGAAGGUCCUCAACUUAACUACUAACAAUAUAUCUGGUUUGAUCCCUCCCGAAUUGGGGAACUGCAGUAUGCUUGAACAAUUGGAUCUGUCCCAAAACUCUCUGACUGGAACUAUACCAGAGGAAUUGUUCAAGAACCAAUCGUUUAUGGAGCACGUGUACCUGCAUUACAAUCAGCUCAGUGGUUCGAUCCCCGUCUCAGUUGGUGAAAUGACAAGCCUCAUGGCCUUGUGGCUGUAUGGGAAUAUGUUGUCUGGAGUUUUGCCUGCUUCAAUUGGCAACUGCACCAAGUUAGAGGACCUCUAUCUAUACGAGAAUCAACUGAGCGGUAGUCUUCCAGAAACCUUGAGUAGGAUCAAAGGCCUCAGAAAUUUUGAUGCCACAACCAAUGGCUUCACUGGAGAGAUCACUUUCAGAUUCGAGAACUGCAAGUUAGAAAUAUUCAGUUUGUCAUUCAACAAUAUAAAGGGUGAAAUUCCAUCAUGGCUGGGGAAUUGCAGCAGCUUGACACAACUUGGAUUUGUCAAUAAUAGUAUGUCUGGCAAAAUUCCAACUUCUCUUGGUUUAUUGAGCAACCUCACAUAUCUUCUACUUUCUCAGAACACCCUGUCUGGACCAAUUCCUCCUGAGAUCGGCAACUGUCGGUUGCUGGAGUGGCUAGAGUUAGAUGCAAACCUGCUGGAGGGCACUGUUCCUAAAGAGUUUGCAAAUUUACGGAUCUUGUCAAAGCUCUUUCUGUUCGAGAAUCGCCUCACAGGAGAGUUCCCUGAGAAUAUUUGGAGUAUCCCAACCCUUGAGAGUGUCCUUAUUUACAGUAACAGUUUCACGGGAAAGCUACCUGCAGUAUUAGGUGAGCUGAAGUCCCUCCAGAACAUUACACUAUUUGAUAAUUUCUUCACUGGGGUCAUACCACCGAAGCUGGGUCUUAAUAGCCGUUUGGUCCAGAUAGAUUUCACAAAUAACAGUUUCAUUGGUGGGAUUCCUCCAAAUAUUUGUUCAGGAAAAAGAUUGAGAAUUUUGGACUUGGGGCUGAAUCAUCUUAAUGGCAGCAUCCCAUCCAGUGUUUUGGACUGCCCAAGUUUGGAGCGAGUCAUUCUCCAAAACAAUAAUCUUGAUGGGACUAUUCCGCAAUUUGGAAACUGUGCAAAUCUAAGCUAUAUGGAUCUGAGUCACAAUUCCUUGAGUGGUAGCAUUCCAGCAAGCUUCAGCAGAUGUGCAGGUAUUACUGACAUUAACUGGUCAGAAAACAAGCUUUCAGGGAGAAUACCAUCUGAAAUUGGAUAUUUGGAGAAUCUGGGAAGACUUAACCUCUCACGCAACAUUCUACAUGGUUCACUCCCUGUGCAAAUUGCCAACUGCUCCAAGUUGAAUUCACUUGAUUUGAGUACUAACUCUUUGAAUGGUUCGGCACUCAAUACAAUAAGCAACCUGAAGUCUCUGUUGCAUCUACGGUUGCAGGAGAAUAAAUUCAGUGGAGGCUUGCCUGAUUCUCUCUCGGACUUGGAUAUGCUUAUUGAGCUGCAACUUGGUGGAAAUAUUCUUGGGGGUAGUAUCCCUUCAGCAUUAGGAAAGCUGCUAAACCUGGGUGCCUUGAAUCUCAGUGGCAAUAGUCUAGUGGGUGAUAUUCCACCACAACUGGGUAAUUUGGUGGCGCUGGAAAGUUUAGAUUUGUCAUUUAAUAAUCUCACAGGAGGCCUUGCUACAUUUGGAAGUCUACAUAUUUUGCAUGCCUUGAAUGUUUCUUACAACCAAUUUAGUGGACCACUCCCUGAUAAUCUUCUAGUAUUUCUGAAUUCCACACCGAGUUCCUUUAAUGGAAAUCCAGGCCUCUGUAUCUCUUGCAGUAACAAUAAUUCUUAUUGUAAGGGAACUAAUGUCUUGAAACCCUGUGGAGGAUCUAAGAAAAGAGAAGUACACGGCCGAUUCAGGCUUGCUCUCAUAAUUCUUUGUUCAUUGUUUGUGGGAGCACUUUUGGUACUUGUACUCGCUUGCAUCCUUCUGAAAUCUCGAGAUUGGAGGAAGAAAAGUGAGGAAUCAGUGAGUACUAUGUUUGAAGGUUCCUCCUCUAAAUUAAAUGAGGUUAUAGAGGCGACUGAAAAUUUUGAUGACAAGUAUAUAAUCGGCACAGGUGCUCAUGGAACUGUUUACAAGGCUACACUGAGGUCAGGAGAUGUGUAUGCUAUAAAGAAGCUUGUGAUUUCUGCACACAGAGGUUCAUACAAAAGCAUGAUGAGAGAAUUGAAGACAAUAUAUAAAAUUAAGCAUAGGAACCUGGUAAAGCUAAAAGAGUUUUGGUUGAGAAGCAAUAAUGGGUUCAUACUAUAUGAUUUUAUGGACAAAGGAAGCCUUCAUGAUGUUUUGCAUGUAAUUCAGCCAGCACCAGUUUUGGACUGGUGUGUGCGGUAUGAAAUAGCACUGGGUACCGCCCAUGGUUUAGCGUAUCUUCAUGAUGACUGCCGCCCUCCAAUAAUUCACCGGGAUAUCAAGCCAAGUAAUAUAUUGCUAGACAAGGACAUGGUGGCACAUAUAUCAGAUUUUGGCAUUGCAAAGCUCAUGGAUCAGCCUUCUGCUCCACAGACCACUGGAAUCGUUGGCACUGUUGGAUAUAUGGCACCAGAACUGGCGUUUUCCACCAAGAGCAGCAUGGAGUCCGACGUGUACAGCUACGGCGUGGUGCUGCUGGAGCUGCUCACCAGGAAGACGGCGGUGGACCCCUCGUUCCCCGACAGCACGGACAUAGUGGGCUGGGUGUCCUCCGCGCUGAGCGGCACCGACAAGAUCGAGGCCAUCUGCGACCCGGCCCUCAUGGAGGAAGUCUACGGCACGGUGGAGAUGGAGGAGGUGCGCAAGGUCCUAUCGCUCGCGCUCCGGUGCGCGGCCAGGGAGGCGAGCCAGAGGCCGUCCAUGGCCGCCGUCGUGAAGGAGCUGACGGACGUGAGGCCCGCCGCCGGCCGGUCGUUGUCCAAGAAGCAGGGGAAAACGGGGCCGGGGUCCCAGUCCCACAGCAGCUCGUACUGAGUAGGAUUUCUGAUUCAGCCAAGCUGCGUAGCUUGUAGUCGUAGUCUCUGCUCUCUAGUGAAGUGUUUGUAUGUGCCCUCGCUUGGUUCUGUUCUCGUGUAUGCAAUCCAUGAUAGAUCGAGGUGAAGGAAGAGGCUGGCAUCGGCCUAUCGGGUUUAAAGACCGGUGCCCCCUCCGGCCUUCUCCGCGUUUCGCGGCUGCGUGCUGCUCUCUGUAUCACGACACGUUGUCAAGAUGAGCUCAUGACUUUUGGUGCUGCGCAA